GCCGAAGCGGAAGCGACGGAGCGCGCAGUGUUUUCUGUAGUCAUCGUUCGUUUAGCUGCUAACAGCGAGUUCACACAAAGAAAAAGACUUCACUUUCGUGCGUUUUUUUGACCGACAAGAUGCCGCUGGAGAACCUGGAGGAGGAGGGUCUGCCCAAGAACCCAGACCUGAGGAUAGCGCAGCUGAAGUUCCUGCUCACCAUGGACGGACACCGGCAGGAUGCGAGCGUGAAGACGGAGCUAAUGGAUGCUAUCAAAGUUAACCACAUGGCUCCAUAUUACGAGGGUCUGUGUAAGGAGCUGAAGUGGCAGCUGGACACCGACCUGCUGAGUAAAAUGAAGAAGGCCAACGAGGAGGAGCUCAAACGCCUGGACGACGUGCUCGAGGACGCCGAGAAGAACCUGGGAGAGAGCGAGAUCCGAGACGCCAUGAUGGCUAAAGCCGAAUAUCUGAUCAGAAUUGGAGACAAGGAGGGCGCCCUAACAGCCUUUAGGAAGACCUAUGAUAAGACGGUUGCUCUUGGCCACAGACUGGACAUCGUCUUCUACCUGCUGAGGAUCGGACUCUUCUACAUGGACAGUGACCUCAUCACACGCAACUCUGAGAAAGCAAAGAGUCUUAUCGAGGAGGGCGGGGACUGGGACAGGAGGAAUCGUCUGAAGGUCUACCAGGGUCUCUACUGCGUGGCCAUCAGAGACUUCAAACAAGCCGCCGAGCUUUUCCUCGACACCGUCUCCACCUUCACCUCCUACGAGCUCAUGGACUACAAGACGUUUGUCACCUACACCGUCUACGUCUGCAUGAUCGCACUCAAGAGACCAGACCUGCGUGAGAAGGUGAUAAAAGGAGCAGAGAUCCUGGAGGUGCUGCACAGUCUUCCUUCUGUUCGUCAGUAUCUGUUCUCACUCUACGAGUGUCGCUACUCUGUCUUCUUCCAGUCUCUGGCCAUGGUGGAGCAGGAGAUGAAGAAGGACUGGCUCUUUGCUCCUCACUAUCGUUACUACGUCAGGGAGAUGAGGAUCCAGGCGUACAGUCAGCUGCUGGAGUCGUAUCGCUCGCUCACUCUGGGCUACAUGGCAGAGGCUUUCGGCGUCAGCACGGAGUUCAUUGACCAGGAACUGUCACGAUUCAUCGCCGCCGGGCGCCUCCACUGUAAAAUCGAUAAAGUGAACGAGAUCGUGGAAACUAACAGACCCGACAGUAAAAACUGGCAGUACCAGGAAACCAUCAAGAAGGGCGACCUGCUCCUCAACAGAGUCCAGAAACUGUCCCGAGUCAUCAACAUGUAAACAAAACUCAAACUCACAAACCUCUUUGACUAAAAGUAAACUUCUGUAAAAGUGUGUGUGUAUGUAUAUAAUAAAAAACGACAAACUUUUGUUUAA